AUGAUCACUAAGAAAAGGGAUUAUGGUGGUGUGGAGAGAGUCGCUCUAACUGAAGAGUGUAGUGCCAUAUUGCAAAGUAAGUCUCCACCUAAACUUAAGGAUCCAGGUGGUUUUUCCAUCCCCUGUCAUGUAGGUGCAUUGUUCAUUGAUAAAGCAUUAUGUGAUUUAGGUGCAAGUGUGUCUGUCAUGCCCCUUUCUGUCUAUAAUAGGUUGAAUAUGGGAAAAAUAAAAUGCACACAAAUCACGUUGCAAAUGGCAUAUCGUUCUAUAAAGUAUCCCUUAGGUAUUUUGGAGGAUGUUCCUGUCCGGUUGGGGAAAUUCUACAUUCCUGUUGAUUUUGUGGUGCUAGAUAUGGAGGAGGAUAGUCAAAUCCCCAUAAUUUUGGGCAGGCCAUUCUUAUGUACUGUAGGGGCCGUCAUUGAUGUCAAGUCUGGGUCUCUUACUUUGAGUGUUGGUGAUGAUACUGUUAUUUUUAAUCUAACCAAUGUUGUGAAGUCUCCUAUGCUUGAGAAUACUUGUUGCAGGAUUGAUAUUGUAGAAGAGAUUUCUCUAGACAACAUCCCUAGAAUGUUGUAUGAUGAUCUAUUGCUGGCGACUCUCACCUUGGAGGCCCAAAAAGGAGAAGGAGAUUGUGAGAUUGAUUCCUUGAUCUCGAAUUUAGAUGGGAGUGAAGCUGAGAAGGUCGAUGGUUUUGAGGUAUUAGAAACUGUUUGCUCUAUUUCCGAGCCACAGGUAACGAAGGUAGAACUAAAACCAUUACCAUCUCACCUUAAAUAUGCAUUUCUUGAUGAUAAUGAGGAUUUUCCUAUGAUCGUUAAUGCUGCACUUGACGAUAGCCAGCUUUCUAAGCUUCUGACCAUGCUCCGUAUGCACAAAAAGGCAAUCAGGUAUAGCAUUGACGAUCUCAAGGGCAUUAGUCCUGACUUUUGUAUGCAUAGAAUUAAUUUGGAAGCAGCUCACCGCCCUCGCAUCAAGCCACAACGUCGUUUGAAUCUUAAUAUGCAAGAUGUGGUGAGAAAAGAAGUAGUGAAACUACUUAACGCGGGCAUCAUCUAUUGUUAG